CGCUGGGCAGGGCACACGGUUGCUCAUGCUCAGAGUCACAGUCAGUCAGUCAGUCACACACUCAUAUACAUAACCUACUUAUCUCCCUCCCCUUCCCUGGAUGUUCUUUUCAUCAAACACAACAACACUACCAGAAGAACCACAAGAUUCGUACAAGAGUCUCUUGUCACAGUCCAGAUUAUCGCGCCAGCUCUGCCCUACAUAGCCAUAUACCAGCCAUUCAGCAACAACGUCUUGCAAGCUCUCCAUACACCAGGCUUCUGAAUAGGUACGUACCUUGUUCACCUUAGUCUGACGCAGUGCACCGACCGACCGCGGUGACUCGAGAGCGAGCCGGGCUCCAUUUCUCAUGACCGCAACUCUUUACCGCUCCCAUAGGGCAGCAGUACCUGGUUCUCGCUCUCGUUCUCUUCACAGAGAUCGCGUCGCAAAUUUUAUCUCUUUCUCAAGAUCAAAAUCGCUGACCAAAGUUUCCCAUUUUCAGACUUGCUCGUUCGGAAGCGCAUACAAUCAAGACCGAAACUCGGUAAACAUGGCUACAAUGGCAGCGGCUGCUCGUGAUAUCUCCCAGGCCUCCUUGAGCCGAGACAACUUAACUGCUGUAGCGGCUCGGAGUGUCCCUGCGACUGUGACACGAUCUCAACAACCCCUUCCUACUCCCCCCAACUCCAUCUCUCCCAACCUGCCGCCUCAUGGCCUCAAGGCGCAGCUCCAAAAGGCCAAGCUUGAGCCUAUUGACUCAGACCUGGACCUUCACGAGCCGUCGGAUCGACGACGUUCGAUCUCGCCUGGCCUUGAGGCUUCGGGUGCUAUCACUGGCUCUCUCCUCGCCAAAUACCACCUGCCAGAGAUCCUGCUCAACCAUGGUCCCUUGGCUAUCAGACACAUCAUGGGGUACCUGACCACUUCGGUACCCGGAUUCUCUGGAAUCCCCCCAACAAAGGCGCGGAGACUAGUCGUGGGAGCUUUGGAGGGACGAGGAGGAGAAGGAGGCGGACUGGAUGGAGAGGUGGAAUUUGAAAAGGUGGGAUGGGGCCGAUGGGAUGCUCGUAAGCGAGGACAGCCUUCUCGACACCGACAAGGAACUCCUCCUUCAUCCUACGGCGCGGGCAUCCCCAUCGGCAACAACGGCGGUAGGGGUCAGGACCGGCCCAGACUCAGCAUUGCGUCAAGCAACGGGGAUUCGGUGCAGUAUUCUCAUGAUGAUAACGACAUUUACAUGAUGGAGCAUGAGGCCGACAAGAUGUCCAUGGAUGGAUCUGGAUCCGCUUCGUGCUCCGAGGCUCCGGAUGAUGAUGUUGUUAUGAACGAUGAUCCUGAGGAUGCGACGGAUGACGAGGAUUGGGCUACCAUGGGGGCUGCUGCUCUUCGAGCCGAGUCUUACCCUAACCAGGCGGCAGCUCAGACAGACCAUGGCUUCCGAUCCUCUUCUGCAUAUGCACCAGGUGGACUUCGUUCGUUCUCUGCCAGCUCCGGCAUGGCUCGCCCACCUCAAACACUCAACAUCGACUUCUCGGCGUUGGCGGGCACCUCUGACGCACAGGAGCGGGAGGCCGUCGAGGCGCUCCUGCAGCUCGGUUCUGUAUAAUACCUCUCUGCAUGCACGGCGUUUUUUGGGCUUUCGAGAUUUCUGAAGGCGAUCGAUUCGGGGCAGGGGCUGGUUGGCUUAAGGAGAGGCCGUGUCGGCCCACACCAAUGACCGAGGCGGCGACCUCUGGAUCACUAUUGUUAUCACGAUGACACGGUUCUCUUAACGUUUUUCUUCGGGCUAUUCUCUUUCUUAAUAUGGGCUCGGUUUUUGGCGUCUUGGUACUCGGCGGCAUCUGUCUACAUGACAGGUGAAUCAUCGUCGGCUGUGGAAGGUCAGCAUACGGGCAAUAUUCCAAUGAUUGGGUGUCUCCCGAAACUUUUCGGUGCCCAGAGAUGGAAUAUUCUAAUACCCGGGUCUUAUUUCUUAUUAUUGAGGGGACACAAGUUGUCGAGGCGUUGCUUCCGUCACUUGAUAUUCCUGUCGCUCCAUGGGGGCUGUUCGAUUCUAGCCCCGAGGCGCAUACUUAUGCCGGGAGCUUUGGCUUCUGAGCGACACGACAACACCCUUGACGGGAAGGGCUGGUCUCCGAUGUUGAGUCGUCUCCUUGGGGUAUUUGUUUUACAAUACCCGGUCACCCUAGUUUUGGCUUUGCAUCAUUACCAGAUCCUACCACUUCAACACCAUGUGGAGGAUUAUGACGACGAUUAUCUUAUACCAUUAGUGGGCAGUUGCAGCCAGUUUUUUGGGCCUCGUUUUGCAACUUUCUCGAAUCUUUGUUUAAUCAACUUUUAUGGGCAUUUGAUGUGGGGAACGCAUCAUCAUCAACAACAGAUAGAGGAGGAAAGGGACAGAAAGGGGCAUCCUGGAUGGACCCUUAACACAACAUAUAGGGAUAUGAUAUCAUGGCUGGAACCAGUUGGGCUCGAACGCUACACGCUCGCCCUCGCGUCUUUUGUUUGCCGAGGGCACAAAGACUGAAAAAAGGAGUAAAAUCAUAUUGGAGCGAUGGAUUAGGUAGCUUCCUGAUCGUUAGUAUCUAAAGCCUCUUGAGCUUACCAAUGGAAGUUCUGAUCUUUCCUUUCCACAUGGAGUGUCUGUAGUAUUGCACGUGUGAGUGUUGAAGUUGACGUUAUGAAGAUGAGGGGUUUGGUCGGUCAAUGCCGAUGGGGAGUGUGGCGUCAAUCUCGAAAUCGGUUGGGAAAUUGUAUUGUGGUGUUGAGAAAUUGAAGAAACAAAGCAUGUGAUGAUACCCUCAUAGAAUGGCGAGAUCAGAGUUUAUAGAUAAGAAACUCGUGUUCAGCCAUUGCGUUUAUCAAUAAUGUUCCAUGUUGGAAAGGUUGAAGGAAACUAUAACGAAAGAGUUUUGCGGCGGAGAGAAGUGAAGUCAUUCGAUCGAUGGAGACAGUCAUAAUCUGCAGUCACGUGAAUGGUCAUGUUUUUGAGUAUAUUUCGUAAUCGCAAUACUGGUAGUGUAAUCAUCUUUUUAUGAGUAUGGUAUGUUGAUUCACAAUGAAGCAGCAAGCUGUAACAUGUCUUCUCUGUGUUCUCAAGCUUUUCUCUUAUUGACCUACUAUGACUGAGCAAGACGAAGUGUGCAGUAUGAUGAAUGGUAUCUCGUGUAAGUGGUGUUUACUCCAGAUCGGUAAUGUAUGGGUUUGUAGAAUAGAACACAGAUCCUUAAUUCUCAAAGCACAAUGAUAAUAGAGUCAACUACUACCCAAGCCUAUCAGACAUACACCAGUAGAAGAAACAACCCAACAAUCUAUGCCGACGCCAUGGAUAACGAGACAGGGGUUCGAUACAAUCAACAUUGCUGUUGCCUAAAGAAUUUCAUCAUCUGCAUCACGACUAAACAAUUCGUUCUGGAGGCCUCUUGCAUUCGUCGCUAUGUAUGGUAUGCACUUAUUCAGUGCAUACAGUUGAAAUAUUAUGAGCCAAUUUGAUUCUCGAAUUCGGUGGAGUUGAUAUCAGCUUAAUGCACCGAACAACACCAAGACCGCUCACCAGUCGGACUCUUUCCCUCAGUCACAAAGCAGUAUCAUCACGCCAAGGAAACAACAAGCGUUAACAGCCGGCAAUAGGAAAAUAGACGAUUAUCUUACUCUAUCCCGUCGCUGGCAUCUUGGCUUUGACAUGCGAUGGGGUGAUUAUCAAAGCACUUCUGAUCUUGGCUACAAAGCUUGAGCAGGCUUAUGUUCACAGGACAAGAACGAGAAGACCUCGGACAUUUCUUGGCCUGCACUGCCACCGUUUGUCGUCAUCACCAAGACCUUGGCAUCAAAAGGAUUGGGAUGCUCAAGUUCUGGGCAUUCUCUGGGCGCUCCCUUGGCUUUUGCUUGGCCUGAUAGUGGUGCUUGGCCUGGGGUAGUAGUUCGGGGAGAAGGGAAGCGUUCCUGCGGAGGAAGGAGGAGAAUAUAAUCUUCAGUGCGGGAUUUGUUGGAUGAUUGUUGAUGUAAUCUUGAUACUCGGUGGAGAGGACUGUGUAAGAGCGCUUGGAAGAUUGAACGAUAUUGAGUUCAUUGGAUGACGAUGAAAGAACGGCAAAACGUGCAAGUCUACGAGGCUGCAUCAUAUUUCCCUGGGCAUUUCACGGACGUAUCUUCAUCUCCGAUUCCCCAUUGCGGCAACGAUGGUUUUAGAUCCUCGGCGUUCUUAUUUUCCUCGGCGAGCCUAGAGGAACGAAAACAGGUUAUUUCAACGGCAAAUGAUGGAGAUGCUGCUGAGCGUUAUCAACUCCGUUGUUUACUAUGUUACUAUACAGUGCUGCAACUGGACAGAUUAAGAGAUCUCGGAUGGUUUGAGACGUGACAUCUUGUCAAUAAUGCAUGUCAAUAUGGAGAAUCAAUAUGGGGAAGCAUUGACUAUGCGACCCGACACGCAAACCGGUCAGAUGCUCAGGUAAAAAAAAAAAAAAACACGUGAUAACACGUUGUUCUGUUUAACGAAUUGGAGUUGAUUUUGAACAGUCUUACACUGUAACUUGUUAGCCACCAUGCAUGCAGAGAACAUUCCCUCCUUAUUCCUAACCGAAGCAUCAUAUCAAAGUUUAGUGCGAUCGACUUAAUCUGAGCCCAGACAGGCAGGCAGUAAACGGCAGUGAAAAGAAGCAUAAUCACAUUCUAACAAGGGGAAAACGUGUGCUUGGCUCUACAUUUCUUGGCGUGUCUACAUGAAAAGAGGAGAAGGAGACGCCAAGAGGGUCUUGGCAGUCUGGGGCCAAGCUUGACAAGAAAUGGAGAAUAUUGUCUUGGCUAAAUGUCUCGGCGAAGAAAAUAAGGACAAACAAGAGUGAAAUGGGAGAGACGCCGGGCCUGGGCAGAUGGGCGGAAAGCUUGGUUGUGUGGGAGUCUGGCUUGGCUGAUGGCAUGAGGUUACCUAGGAACUGUACCGGGUGAGAGAAGGGUUCCCUGAGUCAGGUCAGUUGUUGGUCAACUUAUGUGUUUGCUAGAGUCUGGUAUGUUUUGGACGCCUCGCUCCCUAUUGUUAGCAUUAUGUAUUAUCAGAGUUGCGUGCUUU